UCCCCCAAAUUCAGACAUGCCAUCAGGAAUAAAAUACCAUAAUAGUUGCCAGUUCAAACAAAAACAGUUCUGUUUAUAAUGUGGAUUUGAGAAUCAUGGCAGGUUUACCAGUUGUUUUCCAGCAAGUUUACUAAAGGACCUGACAAUGUCCCUGUAUUGUGGAAUUGCUUGCAGGAGAAAAUCUUUUUGGUACUUUAGGCUGCUGUCAACUUAUGUUGCUAAGACCCGGUAUUUAUUUGAGCUGAAGGAAGAUGAUGAUGCAUGUAAAAAAGCCCAGCAGACAGGAGCAUUUUACCUCUUUCAUAGCCUGGCUCCUUUGCUUCAGAAAUCUGGACACCAAUACCAGGCCCCCCGGCAUAGCCUACUAGAGUUGGAAAGGCUCCUGGCAAAGUUUGGACAGGACACACAAAGAAUAGAAGACUCUGUGUUGAUUGGAUGCUCUGAACAGCAUGAAGCAUGGUUUGCUCUGGAUCUAGGUCUAAACAGCUCCUCUUUCCAAAAUGCUGCCCUACAGAAACCAGAAAUGGAGACAGAGCUCAAGGGCUCUUUCACUGAGCUGACGAAGGCUCUCUUCCAGCUGAACACAAAGGAUGCCUCCUUGCUGACCAUGGCUCAGGCUCUUCUCCGUUGGCAUGAUGCUCAUCAGUUCUGUAGCAGAAGUGGGCAGCCCACCAAGAAGAAUAUGGCUGGCAGCAAGCGUGUGUGCCCUUCCAAUAAGAUCAUCUAUUAUCCCCAAAUGGCUCCUGUGGUGAUCACUCUAGUGUCAGAUGGGACUCGAUGCCUGCUUGCUCGCCAGAGUUCCUUUCCCAAGGGAAUGUAUUCUGCUUUGGCAGGUUUUUGUGACAUAGGUGAAAGUCUGGAAGAGGCUGUCCGGAGAGAAGUUGCAGAAGAGGUGGGAUUGGAGGUGGAAAGACUGCAGUACUCUGCAUCCCAGCACUGGCCCUUUCCUAAUAGCUCACUCAUGAUUGCUUGUCAUGCAACUGUGAAACCAGGGCAGACAGAGAUCCAGGUGAACUUGAAAGAACUAGAGGCAGCUGGCUGGUUCAGUCAUGAUGAGGUGGCCACAGCCCUGAGGAAAGACAGUCCAUAUACUCAGCAACAGAACGGGACAUUCUGGUUGCCCCCCAAGUUAGCCAUUGCCCACCAACUGAUUAAAGAGUGGGUGGAAAAGCCGUCCUGCUCUACCCUGCCUGCUUAGCCCAGACUGAGCCACCUAGAUCCCUUCUCAGUAUCCUAGAAGGUCAUAAGAGAGAUCAGUUGAUAAAAGGGAGGUGACCAAAGGCCAUCUCCAACUUCAUACUAAGACAGAGUGGGAGGUGACCCUGCAACAGGAUGCCUCUAAUAGCAGUGUUAAGGAAGUUCCUAUUCAUAGGCAAUCAAAAUGCCAAACUGAUGUCAAAAUCAGAGGGAAGUCUGAAGCAUUAGUUUGAAACUAGGCCCCUGUGCAUCCGUUUCAGCUGAGGUCUUGGAAGCAAACACCUUUCGGCAUGUAUCUCAUUAAUGCUGGGUUUACACUAACUGCCAAAAUGUGUCUGGUAUAAUUUUAAUGUUAACUUAGUAGUGAAGACACAGAACAAAUUUCAACCCACUACUGAGUUACUUUUCAUCCUCAUAGAAUUAGGAAAAAUUAAACAAUAUAACAUUUAAAAACUCAUGUACAGGUAGUUAUUUUG